AUGCCACCGAAGCGGAAGGCUCAAGGGGCUGUCACCGGCAGCAUCAAGGCAGGUAAGGGUUCUGUAGUGUCGACACCAGGAGGAGCCACUCCCAGGAGCAUUGCCAGUGACAAUGAAUCCUCGGUGGUGGACCCUGUGAGCGAGUCUGAAGAUGAGAACCUCGAGAAGAACGUCGAUAAGUUCUCGGUCGAAGCCUACCUCGACAGGCCGAAAGCGAACGAUUCCAUGUCAGGACUCUUCAAGAAGAAGCGCGACUUUUCCUUUCUGGCACUGAAACCUGAUUACCAGAACCGUCCUCUCUGGAUCGACCCUGCCAAGGGACGCAUCUUCCUCGAAAGUUUCAACCCGCUCGCCGAGCAGGCACAGGACUUCCUCAUCACCAUCGCCGAACCGAUCUCCCGACCGUCCUUCGUUCACGAGUAUGCGCUCACGACUCACAGCUUGUAUGCUGCAGUUUCGGUGGGAUUGUCGCCCCACGACAUCAUCAACACGCUCGACCGUUUCCUGAAGAUGCCUUUGCCCGACAGCAUUCGCAAGUUCAUUGAGGGCUGCACACAAAGUUUCGGCAAGGUGAAGCUCGUCCUCAAGAACACCAAGUACUUUGUUGAGAGCACGGACCCCGUCAUCCUGCAAAAGCUGCUGAAGGACCCCAUCAUCGGACCUCUCCGAGUACACGGCACCGAGGAGAUAACGACGACAGCCGCUCCGAAGCAGGGCCCACUGGUCAUCCCAGGCACGGCCAACGCUGCCGGUGUCCGCCAGGCCGAAGAGCAGAAGGAGAAGGGCCGCGAAGGCGAGGUCAAGGAGGGCGAAGUGUAUGCAGCGCUGAACGACGACGACGAUGACGACCAAGAAAUCACACACGCUUUCGAAAUCUCGGACGAGGCCGUCGAGACGGUCCAGAAGCGGUGCCUCGAGCUGGAGUAUCCGGUGCUGGAGGAGUACGAUUUUAGAAGAGACGAGGCCAAUCCGAACUUGGAGAUUGACCUGCGCCCGGGCACCUUGAUCCGGCCGUAUCAAGAAAAGAGCCUGAGCAAGAUGUUUGGCAACGGUCGAGCCAAGAGCGGUCUCAUCGUUCUUCCUUGCGGUGCUGGAAAGACGUUGGUCGGCAUCACAGCAGCUUGCACCGUCAAGAAGGGUGUGAUCGUCCUCUGCACGAGUUCGAUGUCGGUUGUGCAAUGGAGAAACGAAUUCCUCAAAUGGUCCAACAUCAAGCCAGAGGAUAUCGAAGCCUUCACUUCGGACAACAAGGGCAGGGUCUUCCCAGGUAACACGGGUAUCAUUGUGACCACAUACUCCAUGGUCACCCAGACCAGAGAGCGGUCUCACGAGGCGAAGAAAAUGAUGGACUUUCUCCAGACUCGAGAAUGGGGUCUAAUGCUUCUUGACGAGGUGCACGUCGUCCCCGCCAAUAUCUUCAGAAAGGUCACGUCGUCCAUCAAAACACACUCGAAGCUCGGUCUGACUGCCACGCUUUUACGCGAGGACGAUAAGAUCUCGGAUUUGAAUUUCCUUAUCGGACCUAAGCUGUACGAGGCCAAUUGGAUGGAGCUUUCUGAGCAGGGCCACAUUGCAAAGGUCCAGUGCGCCGAGGUCUGGUGCCCCAUGACCACGGAGUUUUACGAUGAGUACCUGAAGGCGUCUGCGAGGAAGAGGGCGCUGCUGUACAUCAUGAACCCACGCAAGUUUCAGGCCGCCCAGUACCUGAUAAACUACCACGAGUCGCGGGGAGAUAAGAUCAUCGUCUUCUCCGACAACGUGUAUGCCUUGAAGACGUAUGCCGAGAAACUGGAAAAGGCAUAUAUUUUCGGCGGCACGGGACAGGCUGAGCGAAUGAAUAUCCUCCAGAACUUCCAACACAACCCACAAGUCAACACACUAUUCCUGUCCAAGAUUGGAGAUACGUCUCUCGACCUGCCGGAGGCCACAUGCCUCAUUCAAAUCUCAUCGCACUACGGUUCACGUCGUCAAGAGGCCCAGCGCCUUGGUCGUAUUCUGCGAGCCAAGCGAAGAAACGACGAGGGUUUCAACGCCUUCUUCUACUCCCUGGUAUCCAAGGAUACUCAAGAGAUGUAUUACUCCUCAAAGAGACAGGCCUUUCUGGUCGAUCAGGGAUAUGCUUUCAAGGUCAUUACGCAGCUGGCCAACAUUGAAAAGACCCCUGGACUUGCCUACGCCGCAGCGAGUGAGAGGCGGGAACUACUGCAAAAGGUCCUCAUCGAGAACGAGGCCGGCGGUGAGGACGAAGUCAUCGACGACCUAUUCCACAGCGGCACUAUGGGUCGCGCGCCGCCCAGGGGCAAGAAGAAGGCCGCUGCCCGAAGAACAGCGGGUCUUCUGGGCGACCUGUCGGGUGGGCAGGACAUGGCGUACAUGGAGCAAAACAAGAGGGUCAGGCUCAAGAAGGCCAAGGGAGAGAGCAGCGCGUUCUUCAAGAAGAUACAGAGGGAGAAGGCCAAGCGGUAA